UUUGUCUUCUCUUCUGUGCAGAUCGACUGGAGCAUCAGGAGCUGCGAAGAAGAUCGGCAUGUCAAUUUUUACCGGAUCAGGUUGAAUUAGUAUCAAUGAAAUCGGUGGCACUGUUGUCUUAGUCUAGGUACGAAUCAACAACUGGGAUUGUGAAUCCGGAUCAAGUCCUUAUACUAGAACCAUUCUCGUAUGAUGCCUGAUCCACACUUGGAUUCUACUCAAAGUAAAAACCAAUUGAAAGAAGAGAGAGAUCAAGUGAAAUCCAAGUUUGUAUCAGACACCGUACGAGAACCAUUCUCGUAGGAGGGCCUGAUCCGGACUCUAAGAUUGUUGGUAGAUGAAGAAGGAGAAUGGUUGUGUAGACUUCUUUCUGUGUUUCUCGUGGAUUUCAUGGCUGUUUUUCUUUGUUUUAGUUUUCAUAAACUUUUUAUGGGAGUAUAGGUAAACCAAUUGGUUUAAAGUGGGAUAGUCUCUUGGGACUCUUAUGCUUUCUCUGUGACCUCUACUCCCACUUAUGUGCAGGUUUAUUUUGUAAACUUUGCCUUCGUUGGUGGAGCUGGGCCUAUAAUGGAUGGAAGCUCAACUUACCCGCUUUAAUACCAAUGCAGUCUCUACCACAAUCUGUCUCUCUCCUCCCCAUGUGAAAUGAUAUAUAUAUAUAUAUAUAUAUAUAAAUAAAAGAAAGAAUGUGGGAGACACUGGUGAAGGCUGCGUCUCCCACAGAGAACACUCUCCCUCUAUAAAAUUACAUGCUUUUUUAUUUAAUCAUAUUAACAGUUCAAUCUAAUUAGUUAUAAUCACUAUAGUAAUAUUUUUAGAUAUUUUGCCAUUUUUUGAUCUUAAAAUCUACACAUGUAUCUUUCACAGAACUCACGCUUUGCGGAGUCUUUGCUGAUAUGAUAUGAAUGAAUUGAAAAUUCUUGUGCAUGCUGACCUAUUCAAAAAGACUAAAGUAAAUAUUCCUAUAUAAAUAAAGUAAUUUAGCUUAAUAUAAUAGAAAAUAGAUCGCAUACUAAAAAAAAAAGUGAAAGAGAGAGGGGCCGCACUCCAUAAACAAGAGAACAAACCAAGACCAGAGAGAGAGAGAGAGAAAACGCUAACCAUCUUUCAUAGAAAAGAUGUGGAAAAAGUUCUUUUUGUACAUACUGGGGUGCUGGUGAUGAUGAUGCCUUGCAAUCUCCAGCAAAAACAACGAUAAAUUCACCCCACUGACAGCUUGCUCUCUCUCUCUCUCUCUCUCUCUCUUGACUGCUUUUGCUCCCUCUUUCGCUUCUCAUACAAUGGGGGCUCUGUAACUCUUGUUACUCAUCUUGGGCUCACCUUUUCCUUCCUCUGGAGUGGUUCUACUGAUAGCCCAUGAAGCUAGAACGAGUAAACCAGAGAUGGACAAGUGUGGGUGCUGGAUGGCAUUCAAGCGAGGGGCUAAGGGAGCCUCCUGCAAGUCCUCUGCUUCCAGAGAUUCGGUUAACACUCUUCCUCGUACUAGUCUUGUUUAUGACGCAGCCACUGAGACUCGAUAUUUGAAUGCAAGUAACCGGGAGCUCUUUGCUCCCCAUGAGGUUCAGCUCUCCUCUGAAAACCCUGAUUCACAACCUUCUGAGAAGAAACCUUAUCAUCAAUUGCUUCAGUUUAGUUUUCAGGAGCUUAAAUCUGCCACUGGGAACUUCAGACCUGACAGUAUUCUUGGGGAAGGUGGGUUUGGGUAUGUUUUCAAAGGAUGGAUAGAGGAGAAUGGGACAGCUCCAGCAAAACCAGGUUCAGGUAUCACAGUUGCAGUUAAAAGUUUGAAACCAGAUGGUCUUCAGGGGCAUAGAGAAUGGGUGGCUGAGGUUGACUUCCUUGGACAGCUUCAUCACCCUAAUCUUGUAAAACUUAUUGGGUACUGUAUUGAAGAUGAUCAACGGCUGCUUGUCUAUGAAUUUAUGACCAGAGGAAGUCUUGAGAACCAUCUUUUCAGAAGGACACUGCCACUUCCAUGGACCAGCAGGAUUAAAAUUGCGCUUGGUGCAGCUAAAGGACUGGCUUUUCUCCAUGGAGGUCCUGAACCAGUCAUUUAUAGAGACUUUAAGACAUCUAACAUAUUGCUUGAUUCGGAAUACAAUGCGAAGCUUUCAGAUUUUGGCUUGGCAAAAGCUGGUCCCCAGGGAGACAAAACACAUGUUUCUACUAGGGUUCUUGGAACAUUUGGAUAUGCUGCUCCAGAAUAUGUUAUGACAGGGCAUUUGACAUCGAAGAGUGAUGUUUAUAGCUUUGGCGUCGUGUUACUUGAAAUUUUGACAGGUCGAAGAUCAAUGGACAAAAACCGACCCAGUGGGGAACAAAAUCUUGUUGCAUGGGCUCGACCAUAUUUGGCAGAUAAGAGAAAACUUUACCAGCUUGUGGAUCCUCGUCUGGAACUCAACUACUCUGUUAAAGGGGCACAAAAGGUGGCUCAGUUAGCUUACUACUGUCUCAGUAGGGAUCCUAAAUCUCGCCCUUCAAUGGAUGAAGUUGUCAAGGGUCUUACCCCGUUGCAAGAUCUCAAUGAUUUUGCCAUCUAUUCUUAUCACGCUCGUUCAUCUCAACAAGGUCGACGCAGAAAAAAAUCAGAUGGAACUCGAUCGCUCACUUACACCCAGUCCAAGAGCAUCAGGGAUUCCCCAUUGAAUACUGGUAAGCACUAAGCAGCAUUGUAGAUAAUCAAGCUGGGUUCAUUCUUCUACUUACCUGAUAUUCCAUCCCACUAUGUUUUCCCUCUGCUUGAUCUGAACCAAUUGUUGGGAUGAGGCUUCUUGCUAAGGAAAUGGGGUGGGUGAGGGCAUGUACCGAGUUCAGAUGUUUCUGCAUGGAUCUUUGGGUGUUUGAGAUCCAGAACAGGCAGGACAACUGAAUGGCCAAAGAGCUGGCACAUUUUGAGGAAGGUGCACUAAAUCCUCCUAUUUGGCUGAACCCUUAUUGAAUUUGUAGAUCUAACCACUGAAUCGGGGUUGUUUUUCGUUCUCCUGCUGGUGUUUCAAUUGGGAUAUGUCAUCAGAAGUAGAUAAUUGCUACAUUUCCAAGAUUAGUAUUUGCAAUGUCUUGAAUUCGAAUUACUUGGAAUUUUGGAAAUCAGAUUUUGAUUUGUCUCCAA